AACGCCUGACGUCACAGGAGAUGCUGUACUGACCGCCGCGCUACCUGUCAAUCAUUUCUUCACGGCGGGCGUGAGGAAAAAUCUCUGCGCUGCCGUCCACAAUGCUGAGUGUCGAGGCAGGAUCAGGUGAGGAGAGCAACGCUCUGUGUGCUUGAACGCCGUUAUCCGGUGGGAAAUAAACAAGAAAUAUGGAUAAACGCGACAAAAAGGCGAAGAAAGACUCAGGGAACAAGCCUACUAAACGCACAGGGAAGCUGUUCCGGAGGAAAUCGUUUAAAUCCGUGGAAAGUUUGGUAAGUAGGAUCUUGAAAAGUUUGGGAAGCUUGGCAAGCGGCGGAGAAACAGCCGAACGGUCGGAUGCUGAGGAUGAUGACGGUGGAUUUGGAGAAAGCGCACCUUGCGCGGGAAACUCGGUGAAAAAGGAGGACAGCAGCAGUCAGGUGAGGAAAAGUUCGUCUCUUCCCGGCCGUUCCUCCGCGAAAGAGCGACUGUUUUCGCUGUACGGGGAUAAAACCCCGGGAGUGCUGGGUCUGAAAAACCACGGGAACACCUGCUUCAUGAACGCCGUCGUGCAGUGCUUGAGCAACACGGACCUGCUCGCUGAACAUCUUAGUUUGGAGCGAUAUAAACGGGACGUUUGUCACAACGGAAUAAACGGAUUUAUAAGGAACGAGAACGGGCAGAACGAAAAAGUAGAGGUGACGGAGCGGCUCGCGGUUUUGGUCCGAGCGCUUUGGACAUUUCAGUACACUCCUCAGCUCUCUGCUGAGUUUAAGAUGACGGUAUCUAAAUAUGGUGCUCAGUUUCGAGGGAAUUCCCAGCAUGACGCUCUGGAAUUCCUGCUCUGGCUUUUGGACCGCCUCCAUGAAGACUCAACUUCAGUCGUCCCCAAUGGGAAUAACAGAAACAAAUCAAGUGGCAAGGGUCAAGACGGAGGUGAUGAAAAGCCUGGCUCUGAUACCCUGAGCCCUCCACAGACACAACCUGGUGUACGCCACAGCUUUGUACAAGAGCACUUCCAGGCACAAUACAAGUCAUCUCUGACAUGCCCUCAUUGUCUUAAGCAGAGCAACACGUUUGAUCCUUUUCUGUGCAUUUCUCUCCCCAUUCCUCUAAGACAGACGCGACCUGUGUGUGUGACUUUGGUGUUCAGCAGUAAAGGGCAGCGCUAUCUGAGAGUCGGGCUCGCUGUGCCUCUGUUCGGCUCUUUGGCUUGCCUGCGCAGGAUGGUAGCAGAUGAGGGCAAGAUCUCUCCUGAUCAGGUGAUAUUGACAGAGAUCUACACAACAGGCUUCCAGCGUUCAUUUUUUGAUGACGAUGACUUGACCAUCAUAGCAGAGAGUGACAUCGUCUAUGCCUUCCAAGCUCCGCCCCUUUACAUCAGGGGUGGCUCUGCACGAAUCUCAGGGUUUCACCACAGUCUUCCGUCCUCUCCGUACUCCUCGUCUGGGCCGGAGGGUCACCGUCUGGCCGCAUCCGGUGCUUUGUCAUCCGAGUUCCUGAACCAAGCCGAUGGGAUGCUGAAGGUCCUGUUGCUGGUGUGUAAUGCAGCCGGAGCGGGACAGCAGGCAGUGAGAUUUGGUCCUCCGUUUCUGAUGCGAGAGGACAGAUCAGUGUCAUGGGAUCAGCUUCAGCAGAGCAUCCUCAGCAAACUCUACUAUCUCAUGAUCAACGGCUCACAGGCUCAUAAUUUCAGGGUGUUGUUCAAGAUUCGUGUUGUUGGAGGAUCUGCAUCUUAUAGCUACUUAAAUCCCCAAGACGGACGGCCGCUUUUCCACCCUGCAGUGGACAGAGCUCUGAAGCUGUGUGGAUCAGGUGGACCACCACAUGUGAAGCUCAUUGUUGAGUGGGAGCACAGAAUCAAAGACUGCCUGUUUGGUAAUAUCCAGGAGGAGGUGGUGAAGGACUCGGAAAGUGUUCGUGCUCAACAACAACACCACGUUCAGCAACACAGCUGCACCCUGGACGAGUGCUUUGAGCUCUACACCAAAGAAGAACAACUCGCCCCUGAUGAUGCGUGGAAGUGUCCUCACUGUAAGCAGCUUCAGCAGGGCACGGUGCAGAUGAGCUUAUGGACGCUACCAGACAUCCUAAUCCUCCACCUCAAACGCUUCCGGCAGGUGGGAGAGCGCAGAAACAAGCUCUCCACUCUCGUCCACUUCCCCCUCACAGGCCUCGAUAUGGGCCGCCACAUGGUCCAGAGAAGCAGCUGUGCCCGAGCGCCACCUGGCUGGAAUAAGCAGGCCCAUCACAGGCCUGAAGCUGGCAGAUAUGCAACGGACGUCCUGUACGACCUGUACGCUGUGUGUAACCAUCACGGAGGCAUGCAUGGAGGACACUACACAGCAUACUGCAUGAACUCAGUGGACGGUCAGUGGUACGCCUAUGAUGACAGCAGUGUUGAGCCCGUGCCAGAGGGAGAAGUGUGCACUCGUGCUGCUUAUAUCCUCUUCUAUCAGAGACGUGAUGCCAUCCCUUCUUGGUCAGCUAGCUGCUCACGACAAGGUUCCUCCAGCUCAUCUCUAUCAGAUCACUGGCUCAUCCGAUUAAAUGCAGAUGAACGAAUUUCCAAUUCAACCAGCAAGGUGUCAAAUUCAUCUUCGGCUCCUGAGCCUCAAACGCCUCACAUUCCUGUCAUCCCAGAGUCUGCAAAUGAAGACAACAGAGAUGUAGCUGAAGCAACACCAUUUGUACGAAGCGUCCGGGGCCAGAGUAUGAGCAUGCGCCAUCAGUCCAAAUCCAAGAUGGGUUCAAGCAAAGUUCUUCCACUGCGUUGGUCGUUUGCCUCCAAGGACCGCAGAAAACCCUCCACCAUCACUUCACAAAACAAUAACGAUGAGCUAGUGGAGUACCUUGAAUCUGGCCGUCGGCCCCGAUGUACCAAGGAGCCUAUAGUAAGCAUUGUUGCCAGUCCUUCACAGGUCAAAGGCCAGAUUUGUGAGGAUGAUUCCCUGAGUUCCCCCAGCUGUUGCAGCAGUCUCAAUGGUGUAGAGAGAAGUAGCUCUCAAGGUCCAGAUUCUCCAAAACUGCCUGAAGGCCAGAGUAGACCAACUUCAGAUCUUAACGCUGUCAGUUCUGUCGACUCAAGAGCAAAAAAAUGUUCAAAAACAACCAGGCAGGAGCAGGAAAGGACUCAAGCUAGUAAGUCACUCCAAGGUUCCCCUACUGCACUUAUCACUGGUAACAGUGCAUCUCAUUCCAGAGACUCCACACUGAAACGGCUUCGAAACCCAGCAGCUGCGACUAGCAGGAUUCAUCCCAGCCAGAUGCUGAUGGCCACAGGAGAAAGCAGGGGUAAAGAUGGCAUCCAUCCUGUUAGCAGCACCUUCCAGCUCCAGGAUGGGCGCUCUAAGGAGGUGGGUCAUGGAAAAACACUUUCCAGUAAGAGCUUGACCAAACUCUCGUUGUCCAAUGGCACUUUGAAUGGGAAGGCCGUUGAGGUGAGGAAAACCGGUACUGUUCACAAGAGCACCAGUAAAACAAAUGGCAGAGAAAACCAGAUUUUUUCAAACACUAUUGAUAUGAAACGUGCCCACAGCUCUUCUAAUAUUCAAAACAGGCUAGAUAUGACUUUGAAAAGGACGUUAUCUCUCCAAAGAAAUGGUCCCCUGGUGCCAGCUUCCAACAAAGGACUUGCGGUUGAUAAAUCCUCCUAUGCAACACUACAGAGAAUCAAAUACAGCAGCACUUCACUUGGCAGGCAGAGACCUGUUCCUGAGUCCUGCUUCUGACGGGUUACACCUUCAAAAUGGUGUUUGUACAGAGUAUGUUUUAUGCAGUUGAAAAUUGCAAACCUUUGCUCUAUUCCAAAACCUCUGAGCCUUGUGUGUAUUCUGUAAACAGACAGUCACCUUGUUUUUGCCAGAUUCAAGGUAAUGUGUAUUUUGCAGAGAAUAGAUGAGGGUUUUUUGUUCUUGUUUUCUUAAUUCGUCCCAAAGUUUAGGUUUAAUUAAAUGUUUGAAACUCUCUAUUGCUCACCAAGGCUGAU